CUCCUUAUCUUCCUCCCUCCUCGCCACCCGCCAAAAAAAACCACCUCUCUCUCUCGCGACCUCUCUCUCCCGUGUUCACCACGCCGUCCCCGAAGUUUACAGUCUCCACCAUGGAGGAGGUCCUGCUGCGCCACGCCCGCCUCCCGAGGCCCACCGCGCCCACCGCGCGCCGCAGCCGCCGCCUCCGCGUCGUCGCCGUCGCGCUGCGGACCAGGCCCACCAGCCUCGCCGUCCCGGGCUUCCCUCCCGCGCCCGCGCCGGCGCCCGAGCACGUGCUGCUGCCGUCGCCGUCCGUGGCCGCGGGCGCCGCCGAGGUGCUGCUCGCCGCGGGGGUGCCGCCCGCCGACCUCAGGCGGGCCGCGGGGAUGUGCCCCGAGCUGCUGUCCGUGCCCGUGGGGACCAUCACGGCGGCGCUGCGGUUCUUGACCGACGAGGCGGGGGUCCCGGCGGAGGACCUGCCGCGGGUGCUGCGGCGGCGGCCCAGGCUGCUGGUGUCCCCCGUCGCCGCGCGGCUCCGCCCCACGCUCUACUUCCUCCGCGCGCUCGGCGUGCCGGACCUGCCGCGCCGCGCCGACCUGCUCUCCUUCUCCGUCGAGGACAAGCUCCUCCCGCGGAUCGAGUUCCUCGAGUCGCUCGGCCUCCCCUCCCGCGCCGCGCGCUCCAUGGCGCGCCGCUUCCCGGCGCUCUUCUACUACGGCAUCGACGGCAACAUGCGGCCCAAGGCGGAGUACCUCCUCGGCGACAUGGCCCGGGACGCCGACGACCUCUUCGAGUUCCCGGAGUACUUCUCCUACGCGCUCGCCACGCGCAUCGCGCCGCGCCACGAGGCCUGCGCCGCGCGGGGCGUCAGGAUGCCGCUGCCGGCCAUGCUCCGGCCGGGCGACGACAAGUUCAGGGCCACCCUCGCCGGCUGCGUCGGCUCCACGCCGCCGCGGAGGCGGUCGCCGCUAUGGCACGCCUACUGGGUGGACGACGCCGGCGAGGUGGAGGAGAUCGGGGCGGCGUCGCAGCCGUGACACGCGACGCGACGCGAGCGCGGCAUGUGCAUUAUUUAGUAGUAAGUAGCGGGCGUUCGUUGCCUGUGUAAGCUGUGCAUAAACCACAUUGUCAUCAUCUCUGUAAGUAACAUAAAUCAUCCGGUUGAUUUCUCCUGUUAAUCAAUCAUCAAUGGAAGCUCUUAUAGUUCACACUGAUAUACCUUCAGCUAAUGGCAAUGGGUCCCCAUUACACUCUUUAA